AUGCCUCUACGUGUCAGAAUUCGGGGUCCGAUGGGACAGUCUACUGCAUCAUUCGACGACAAUGCCACAGUUGAUGCCCUACGCAAGCAGAUAGCGGAAGUUACUGCACUGCCGAGAUUCCACGUGAAAUGUGGUUAUCCACCGAAGCCUCUUAGCUUGGAUGACUACCCGGCAACCAAGCUUCUUACAGAGCUGGACAUUAAGCUAAAUGGCGAACAACUGCUUGUGACUCGAGCUGAAGAUGCCACAACUUCGCCGGUGUCAAGCUCAGUUUCUGAGACACAAGCAAACAAUACGCGCAGCCAAACGAUAGGCAAGACACCUCGCAAAGUUCAAAGUUCGACUUCAGCAACGCAAUCAUCCUCUAGUCAACCCGGUUCGAGAAAACCAGACGCUCCGCUGACUCUUGCCCGCAAGGAACGAAAAGAUAUGGAUCCUCCAGAAGUGUUUGCACCCGAACUUGGUGGAACGAUUGUGAUUCGGAUUAUGCCUGAUGAUAAUUCAUGCCUCUUUCGUGCAAUCUCUCUGGCUGUUCUGUCUGACCUUGAUGCCGUGACAGAGCUCCGUUCGAUAAUUGCCGAGACCAUACAGCAAGACCCGAUCACUUUCAAUAGAGCCGUAUUAGACAACAAGGAUCCCAAUAAGUAUUGUCAGUGGAUCCGAUCGCAAGACAGCUGGGGUGGUCAAGUCGAGUUGCUUAUAUUAUCUCAGCAUUUCGGCGUCGAGAUCUGCAGCAUAGACGUUCAGACCCUGAGAGUCGACAAAUACAAUGAAGGCGCAAGCAAAAGGUGUAUCGUUGUCUACUCGGGCAUCCACUAUGAUACUAUUGCUCUGUCCUUUCCGAAUGAGCCACCGGAGAGAGACCUCAAACAGUUUGAGGACUUUAUCAAGGACGAGGUGCUGCCAAAAGCUGUAGAGUUAUGCAAGAAGCUACAAGACCAGCAUUAUUUUACGGACACUUCAGGGUUUCAGCUGAGGUGCACAGACUGUGGCGCCAAGCUGGUAGGAGAGAAAGGUGCUCAGGAACAUGCUGCAGCGACUGGACAUUACAACUUUGGAGAAGCUGAGUAG